AUGGAUGAUGAUGCGGUGGAGGGUGGCCGGCGCAAACCUAAGGCUUUGAUGGAUAAGCUUUGUGAUACUUUGGAGAAGUUGAACCUAACCGAUGUCAAGCCUUGCGAUGGGUGGUUUACGUGGACGAAUAACAUGGAUGGUGAUAGGCUUGUUAAAGAAAGGUUGGACCGUUUUGUUGUCUCUAAUAUCUUCAUAGAACAAUUUCCUUUUCUUACUUCUUAUAUAGUUUGCCAAUCCAAGUCGGAUCACGAGGCUAUUAUGUUAGAUACGCAUGGUAACAAGUCCAAAGAGAAGCGGGCUGGCAACAGAGUUUGGUUUAGAUAUGAUAUGUGUUGGGCGGAUGAUCCAGAAUUGAAAGAUAUUAUUACGAGCAUAUGGUUGAAGGAGGAUUACAACAUGCUGGAGAAAAUGGAUUUGACUCGUGAUAACUGGGCCCGUGGCAGUACUAUCGUUUCAGAAGUUUGA